AUGACGAAGUUGAUGGACCGAUGGAAUGAUCACAUUCACCAAGAUCUCCUGCCCAAGAGUGGCAGUUUCCAUCUGUACGGUGGUGGUCCGGCCGAAGAUGAACUUUUCGUGCAGUUCCGUCGCGGCUUCGCGGAGCGCGCGCGCCGCGCGCUGCCGUGGCGCUCGAUGCUGGGAAGGGUGAAGAUCGUGAUCAUCAGUUGUGGCUAUAGACCAGAUGAUCUUUGGGAUGAGUUGGGAGAUGUGACUGAAGUCUCUCUCCAAAGCAGAGCGGAUGCGGACUCGGCUCACGUGUCCAGUCUCAUCGAUGCUGCUCAGUGCGUUUGGUUCACGAGUGGCGACCAGAGCUGCCUGCGGGGUGUCCUGCGCGGCACGGCUCUGGAGAAGGCGCUGCAGCGGCUCCUGCAGCGCCACGGCGCUGUGGGCGGCACCGCGGCAGGGGCGUCCGUGCUGUGUGCACUUUGCCCCAACUUUGACGAGAUCAUGGAAGGGCUGGACCUGAUCCAAGGUCUAGCGCUGAGCCACCUCCUCCGUCGGCAACGGCAGCACCGCCUCCGGGCCAUUUGCGAUUGCUUCCGCCCCGCUUGGGGUUUGGGCUUGGACGAGGGUGCCGGCUUGGUCCUGACGCCCAAGAAGCUCCAGGUCAGCUGCUGGUCCCCAGUGCUGAUGGUACGUCAUGUGGAUGACGAAUGUAUGGCAGCUCUUUUACCCCCUGGUUUUCAGGGAAAUCUGCAGGAGUUGCAGCGCCGGAUGCGGCCGUUUGGAAGCAUCAACUGGGCGCCUGAAGUGGCGAUAGCACGAGGCGAGGAGAUGUGGAGCGUUCAGUGGUGCUCGAAGAAGGCGUUGGCAGAUGGACCCAUCGAUGAGGUGCAAACGAACGCGACCUUCGAAGAUGUCCACUGCCACCACUUCCUCAGCUGGAAGCUGCCUAUGGAGGACGCAUGCGAUGCUCUUUGUUUCAGCAGCCAUUCAUACCUGUCCAUCUCUUUUGACUUGGAUGACUUGCCCUUGUUGUGCUGCCUCUCGCUGGUGUACCGCACGGGUGAAGGUGGGCAACCAGAGGGAGUGGAGAUCCUUUUGAAUGGCCACCUGGUGAACGGUGAUCAGACUCAGCUCGUGGUCUUGCCCUACAAGUUCGUGGCGAACAGCUUGAUCAUCCCCAUGGGCACCCUCCGCCUCGGCCAGAACAUGCUUCGCGUGGUGGCGUCUUCCGACGUCAAGUCGCAAUCGUGGAGCUUACUUUCGGGUCAAGCAGAGCUGCGGACCCCACGCAGGAGAAGGAGCUCUGAGUCGCCCAGCUCCACUCCACGUUGGGGUUACCUCCAUCGAGGAGGUCCAGGGGAUGAUUUGAGUGAGGUCGAGGAGCCAGUGCGGCUGAACAUCUAUGACCUCGGGAAGAGCAAUACGGUGCAGAACCUCAACGGCUGGCUGAAGCCGGUAGGCAUUGGAGCCUUCCAUUGCGCUGUCCAGGUCUAUGGCGUUGAAUGGAGCUAUGGCCGUUCGGAGGAAGGACCACAGGAUCCGCAACAAACUGGAGUCUGGAGCUGCCUCCCUCGCAUGUGUGAAGACCACACCUUUCGCGAGGUGGUCGCCAUGGGAAGUAUCUCCAUGUCAGAAGACGAAACAGUAGAGCUGAUCUACAGCCUGGCGGAGGACUGGCCCAUGUCCGACUAUGACCUCCUGAAUAAGAACUGCUGCCAUUUCUGUGAGGAGCUAUGCCAAUCCCUUGGUCUUGGGCCGUUGCCGAGCCGAGUGAAGAAAUUGGCUGGCUUGGGUGCCACCUUGAACGAAACUGCUGUAGUGGCUGCAGACCAAGUCUACCAGGUGGCCUCCAAAGUGAAGUCCGACCUCGUAGGCGCUGGUUAUGUCGCGACCACGCUGGCAGUUUCUGCUGUGAACGGCCUGUCGAACCGGCGGAGCCGCACUGAGCUGGAUGGAAAAAGGGGCUCCAUUCAGCGUGAUCGAUGCGAAGCGAAGUGGAGUGGGAGAUUGGAGGAUGUCAUUUGUUGCUGGUUUUUUUUGCUUCCGGAUGAAGGGAUGACGUGCAGGUGCAAAAAGUCUUCUAGACCAUACCAAACACGAGCAUAUGAGGAUAUUUAG